GCAAUGUCCUCUCUCUCUCUCUCUCUCUCUAUCUCUCUCACCAUUUCACAGGCAUUUCUGCUUUGGCUCGCUCCACUCUCUCUCUCUCUCCAGAGCCAAAGAGCAUAUAACACAGAGAGCUUUUAUUUGAUCCCUGCGUCUCUCUUCUCGUUUAAAAUCCAGUCGAUUCUUUCACUGUUGCAUUCAUUUCUCAGCACUCACACACGGCCAUGGCUACUUCGCUUCUUCUGAUGGCCUCCGACAAGAACAAGACCAUGAAGCCACCUUCGGCUCUCUGCGGUUCAUCGGAUCAGGAACUACCCAAGACAGAACCCUCCAGAAGCAGCAGAGGCCGGAAGGCCAAUAAUGGCAAGGGUCUGAAUCAGAAGAAGAAACCCCAGAGAGGUAUGGGUGUGGCUCAGCUCGAAAGUAUCCUCAGGGUUCAAGAGAUGAACCAGAUGCAUCACAACAAGUCUUCUUCUGUAAUACCACCGCUUCUCUCUCCCUUCCCUAUCGGCGGUGACCCCUUCGCCGGCAAUCUUCCCCCACACCAUGGUGCAUCCGCUAACCAUGGACUGCUUCAUCAGUUCCCUCCUCCUCAUCAUUUGAUGUUCAAUGGCAACGCUGUAAUCCCCGGUGGGUUGAGUCAGGGUCCGACCGGUGGGACUGUUCCGGAUAAUGCUGGGUUCAACGUGCUUGGUGGUGGAGGGUACUCGUAUGGGUUCGGACCUCCGGCUUGGAGUCCCUUGGUUGGAAGCCCCUCGGAGACCUCGAGAGAGCUCUCUUCAAUGCCAAAUACGCAUUCUGAAUCUGAACCAUGCGAUCUUUGCUUCAAGAAAAAGCGUUUCACGGACGACAACAUCGUAAAAAGAUCAAAUACGAGGAGAGACAAUGCUUUAGAUAUAAGGUCCAUGAUCAAUGGCCCUGAUCAUUUUCUGGGAUUCACUCCCCAACAAGCUACAAGCCUCCCUCCUGAAGCCACAGAUUUCACCACCAGAUUGUCCACGCACAAUGCUUCUUCUUUUCGCAAUCUUGGCGAGUCUGUGGGAGUUAUGGCGGUUCACAGAAAGGUAGGGCCGAUGAGUGGGAAAAUUUUGAUGGAAUACGAUUUUUUUCCGGGAAAAGAAUAUGGGAAAGGCACGACUUCCAAGGAACUGGAAUUAUCUUUAGUCAGGGGUCAUGAUCAAGCAGCUUCUUGUUCUUCUUCUAUUAUCACUGCAGCAGCUAGAGCUCAUACUAUUGCAGAUACUGCUUCUGCUGCGCCUUCUAAAUCUGUUGAUCUGUCUCUCAAGCUUUAAUUAUCAGAGCUUUAUUUGAGGCUCUCAGACACAUAAAGAAAUAGAAUCAGAGCGAUGAGUCCUUUUUGUUCUUUUGUUUUGAGACUAGUGAUGAUCUGAGAUCCGUGUAAUGCAUAUGUAAGAUGUAGGAAACAACAAACCCCUCCAAUAGUACACCCUUUUUCUGUGUAAUUUCCUUUUGUUGUUAGACUUGAUACUCAUCAAAACAGUCCUAUGCAUCUCCUUCUUGGGAAAAUCAAAUCCC